UCGAUAAAUAUGUGCUUGGUUUUUGGCUGGUUCCCAACACUACCCUACAAUCGAUUGCUAUUAUUCGAUUACUCAUUUUUGCGCAGCGAGUUAGCAACUGCAAUAGAAUGGCUCUCAGACUAAUCAACAGCGCUGUGUUCCGCCAGCUGGUCGCCCAGUUGCCCCGCAACGCCCAGGUGGGCAGCGUUGCCUCCGUCCACACCCUGGACAAAAUUGGCAAGCGCGAGGUUGUUGGCUACGGCUGGAACGGCACCGCCUGCUACGCCGACCGUGUGGACUACCCCAUGCCGGCUGUGCGCUUCCGCGAGCCCAACAACGAGAUCAACGCUCUGCGCGCCAAGGAGCAGGGUGACUGGAAGAAGCUGAGCCCCCAGGAGAUCAAGGCCCUGUAUCGCGCCAGCUUCUGCCAGACGAUUGUCGAGGUCCAGGCCGGCUCUGGCGAAUGGAAGCAGCACUUGGGCGUUAGCCUGCUCUUCUGCGCCGGUGCCAUCUGGAUUGCCAUCCUGAUGAAUCUGUUCGUGUACGACGAGCUGCCAAUUACCUUCGAUGAUGAGCACCAGAAGGCCCAGCUGAAGCGUAUCAUUGAUCUGGAGAUGAACCCGGUGACCGGUCUGACCUCCAACUGGGACUACGAGAAGAAGCAAUGGAAGAACUAAGCACUAGCAUAGGCCAGAUUCCAGAUAGGGCUCGCCCCUAUCUCCUGUGUGUGUGUGAGGCAGUAAUUAAGCAAACGUUCGAUGUCGAUGUUUAUUAAGUGGAACCAAACCCCAAGAAAUUAACAAUUAAAGUUGCGGCCGCUGCUGGCUAAACUGA